CCUCUGACUCCUGCAAUAGUUCUCCCUUCUCCUCCUCCCGAAACCCUAACCCUAAUCCCUACCUGAAGCGCCUGAAGACAACCACCAAUUACUUUCUCCGGGAGCGCAAGCGGGGCAAGCCUGUCGCAUCCUUCAAGAAGUCCUCCGAGUCCUACUACGGCUUCCGCUGCAAGCACCUAUAUAUGAGAUCGCCGUCCGCCACCCGCUGCCCCAAUGCCGUUGAGGCCAUCUUUGAGGAACAAAAGCGCUACCCCGCCGGCAUCGCCCGCGAGGGCUUUGACGUCCGCCUCAUCUCCCUCUACGGCAAGGCCGGCAUGC